AGAAUCAAUAACAACGUAUACAACAGCGCCAACGUAGAGCAUCGUCAACGGCAUCAUCAUCAUCAUCGUUGUCCAAGGUGUCAACGAUACGUUGGCCACCAUCACCAAAAGUUUUUUAUAUUAUAUAUUUAAAUAUAAAACUCGACAUGGCUGAUACUGAGUUUGAAGAAUUUCGACAAUAUUUUGAAAGGUUGCCGCAACAUCUCAAGGCACCAAUUUCAAAUUAUACACUCGUUCAUGAUGUUAUGGUUGAUGAUUCUCCAACGUCAUCACAAGGAAGUGACGACGAUGAUGAUGAUGAAAUUGUAAUACGUUCAUAUUCUGGCCUUCAAGCUGAUUCAGAUGACGAUGAUGAUGAUGAUAUUGCUUUAAUUCAUCAUCAAAAUAAAAAUAAUAAUAAUAAUAAUAAUAAUCAAAGUGGUCAUACAUCAGGUGAUGAAAGUGAAGAUAUUGAUCAACAUUCAUCAAUUGUUGCUGACAGUGAUUUUAGCUUGUUCGGUGGACUAAGCAGUAAUAGGGCUAAUAGAUAUCCAUCAUUGAUAUCAACAACAACAACAACAACUGGUGGUACACAAUCAAAUAAUGGAAGAGACAGUGGUGUCAGUGAUGUUGGUGGUUCAUGUUCAAGUCUUGGAUCAUGGAUGACACCUGAACAUCAAUCAAAUAAUAGAUCAACAAGUGGUGGUGGUGGUAACAAUGAAAGACGACGUAGACGUCUUCCUGAAAUACCAAAAAAUAAAAAAUCUUUUAAUUCAUCUACAUCAUUGGCAGACGAAUUGGCUGGUGCAAGUGGCUCAGGUAGACCACAUUUGUCAUUAAGAAAAUGUCAUUCAAGACUACGUCAUGAGGAUAGCUCACCAGACAGUGAAAGAAUGACAACUGACAGUGGUCAUAGUACAGUACAUUCACCUGAUAAUGGACCAAAAAGUGUAUCACCAGUAACAUGUAAUACAUUACAAAAUUUAGAUUCAGUAUCAUCAAGCAGUACACCUGGUAGUGGUGGUACACCAUUUACACGUCUUGAAUUACUUGAAGCAACUCAUCGUAGUCUUCAUAAAUUUGUACCACGUCAUCAUGAUGAAAUUGAUCUUGAAAUUGGUGAUCCAAUAUAUGUACAAAAAGAAGCUGAUGAUUUAUGGUGUGAAGGUGUUAAUUUACGUACUGGCAGACAAGGUAUAUUUCCAUCGGCUUAUGCUGUUGAUAUGGAAUACAAUGAUUUUGAUCCAACAGCACCAAAAGUUAAACGUGAACGUUAUUUACUUGGCUAUCUUGGUUCAGUUGAGACACUUGCACACAAAGGUACUGGUGUUGUUUGUCAAGCAGUACGUAGAAUUGUUGGUAAUUCCUCAAAUGAUUUACCAGAAUCACAAAGUUGUAUUCUUGAAGUUUCUGAUCAAGGCUUGAGAAUGGUCGACAGAAGUAAACCAAGGCAACAAAAAAGCUCUGGACCGUGUCAUGAUUAUUUUUAUUCACUAAAAAAUGUGUCAUUUUGUGCAUUUCAUCCGAGGGAUCAUCGCUAUCUUGGAUUCAUCACAAAACAUCCAACUUUGCAGCGUUUUGCCUGUCAUGUAUUUAUAGGUCAAGAAUCAACGAGGCCUGUUGCUGAAGCUGUUGGAAGAGCCUUUCAUCGAUUCUAUACCCAAUAUAUUGAGACUGCAUUUCCCAUUGAGGAUAUUUACAUUGAGUAAAUUAAACAAAAAAAAAACCCCAUGAUUUAUGAUUUU